GGAGUUAAAACGGAUUCAGCCAUGCAGAUGAAACUUUUGUUGAUCAGCUGUUUCCUUCUUGGAGCCUGCACAGCCUCUUACCUGGCGGAAAAGCGGGAAGCCCAAGAAGUUGAAGAUCUGAAUGACGAAGACUUCGGGACUGCCUCUGAUAAAUUUGACAGAGAGAAUGACGAGGAGCCGGAAAAUGAAGAUGAAGCCUUUGAAGAAUUAAGAGAUGAAGAAAACGAGAGGGAUACUAAGGAAUUAGAAGAAAUGAACGAUGAAGAAGAAGAGACAGGCAAGCGUUGA